GCACUUUUCUUAUCCAGGCAACAGAUAUUAGUGACUCACAGUUAUCUACCAUCUAAUCUAGACAGACAAGACAGGUCCUGAUAAAUGCAAUGGAGAUUCCCACAGACUGGAUCAAGCCCAUCUAUCAAAUAUUACAACGGCAGGACCAUGGCUGCUGUCGUGAUCAAAACCGACGAUCUCACCGCCCCCGAGAUCCAGUCUCUUCUUUCCCUCCACGCCAGCGAACUCCAGAGCAAGACUGCUCCAGACAGCUGCCAUGUGAUGAACCUGCUAGCCCUGCAACAUGAAGAUGUCACUGUCUUCUCUGCCUGGAAUGCGAACGAAGACGAGCUCCUCGGGUGCGGAGCCUUGAAGCAGCUUUCCACGACCCACGGCGAGAUCAAGUCGAUGAGGACGGCGGCAGACCACCAGCGGAAAGGCGUGGCGAAGGCGAUGGUCCAGCAUCUCGUUCAGCAGGCCAGACUACGUGGAUAUACACAGUUGAGUCUCGAGACGGGCAGUAACGCUACCUUUGCGGGGGCUCGUGCCUUGUACCUGAGUCAGGGAUUUCGAGUCUGUGGGCCAUUCAAUAACUACAAAUUGGACCCGAACAGCACUUACAUGACGAUGCAAAUCGUUAUUGAGCAAGAUAGUCUCUUGGCUGUUCGUUUACAUUGAUCAAUUACUCAAUCACGCAAUGGCCUCAUGGUUCUGUUCAGGAAAAGCAGUAACCAGUGGAUGAACUGCGUGAAAGAAUAGUCAAUCCUUCAAGGAGAAUCUUGCUCGCUUCUCAUUCCUUCAAUUGACUCGCGGUGGGUCUUCAGCGUGUGGCGUGGCGCUAUCCAAAGAAACUAUUACUUUUACUAACCUUUUCAACUCGUGGAGUUCUCUAGGUAUCGAUGAACUGGGUGGCAUUGGAAAAGUAUGUUAAUCCUAUAUACUUCGUUCGGUGGGC